UUUUGACCUUUUUAUUUAGGGGACUUUUUUGGUUCCACUUGCCAAAGAGUGUCAAAAGCAUGAUCCUGUGGCAAAUAUUUAGAGGAGAUAGUAAGUUUCCAAGAUAUUGUUGCAGCAAUGUCUAAAUGUCGUUUGACAGUUUGUAAAUCACAGUUUUCAUUACUUUACCCGAAGUCUGAGCUCUUCAUAUCAGGCUUGUCAAAUCUUGCUGUAUUACACAGACAUACAAUAAGAACUGACCAAACCUGGUCAAAGAAAAAGUAUUGUCGCUUACUCACAACUAAAGCUGCAGCAACAGCCUCAGAUUCCACCACAACCCCAACAACUGAAGAAGAUGGAGCAAAAACUAUGCUGCAAACAGUAGACAUUGAUAAAGAUGAAAUACUGACAUUACAUUUUAAGAAACUAAACAAACUUGUUGAAGUGAAGGCAGAACACAUUGCUGAUAGUUUAUCUUUGCAUAAUAAUCAUAAUUCCAAUGUUUAUCACUUGGAUUUUUAUAAUGCAAGACAAAAAUGUGUUACAUCAAACCUAUCGUGGAAAGUUCGAGAGGCUGUGCCAGACAAGACUAACCCAGGAACUAAUAUUCAAUCUGUACAAGAUGUUGAAUGGCGGGAGCAGAAAUUUGAGUACAAGCACCUGGCAGAGUAUUACAAAAUGCUCUCUAAGAUGAGACUCACAGGACUUGUUGUUCUGACAACCAUGGCAGGUUACUGGAUUGCUCCAGGACCUUUCAGUGCUUCUACACUUUUACUAGCCUCAGUAGGAACUGCUUUAACCUCUUGUGCAGCCAAUUCUAUUAACCAGUUUUUUGAAGUUCCAUAUGACUCACAAAUGAACAGGACUAAGAAUAGAGUGUUGGUUAGGGGAUUACUGAGCCCAUUACAUGGUGUUGGAUUUGCAGUUUUGUCAAGCACAACUGGGCUUUGCCUUUUGUACAGUGGAGUAAAUCCUAUUGUAGCAGGGCUAGGUGCAUUCAACCUUGCUUUGUAUACAUUAGCAUAUACACCUCUGAAACGUAUCAGCAUGAUAAAUACUUGGGUCGGUUCACUCGUUGGAGCCAUUCCACCAAUGAUGGGUUGGGCUGCAUGUACAGGAGCUCUAGAUCCAGGUGCUUGGCUAUUGGCUGGUAUUCUUUACUCUUGGCAGUUCCCUCAUUUCAAUGCACUUAGUUGGAACCUGCGCCCUGAUUACUCCCGUGCUGGUUAUCGCAUGAUGUCCGUUGUUGACCCAGAAUUAUGCAAACGUGUUGCUUUUCGCCACUGCAUCAUUUUGACCUCCCUUUGCUUUGCAGCGCCUCCACUUGGCAUUACCACCUGGACAUUUGCUGCAGAUGCUUUCCCUUUAAAUCUUUACCUGUGUUAUUUAGGCUGGCAGUUUUAUCGCAAAGGUGACAGCAAUUCUUCUCGUAAGCUGUUUCGUUUCUCUCUUAUUCAUAUACCAGCUUUGUUACUUCUCAUGGGAAUAAGCAAAGCAACAUUUGGUAGCCAUGAAAAGGCUAAAGAAGAGAUAAAAGAAGUUAUGGACUCUUAACAUUUGGUAAUAUUAUAGUGUUGUAAUAAUUUGUGAUAAAGAAUAAAAAUGUAUUUUGUUUUCUUAAACUUGCUGUAAAUAAAAACAAUUCAUCUA